AUGAGUGAACGUGAUUCAUCACAUAUUCCCCUGCCCUCUAGUGCCCCUAUCCAUGUAUCGGUUCCUUCCGGUUUCUCGAAAUCUCCAUUUGCAAUUCUUCCGCGGAUCCUGAGAUCCUCUCCCGCUCGAAGGACACCUCGGACAUCUGCCUGGAUCUGGGAUGCGCCAUGGGCCCAGACAUCAGACAGCUUGUCCACCAAGGAGCCUCCCAAUCUUUAUUACGGCUCAGACCUCUACUCCGAAUUCAUUGAAUUGGGAUACGACCUCCUGGCCGAUUGUGACACCCUCGCAUGCCAACUCAUCACCAGCGACAUCUUCAACGACCGCAGCGAACUGUUCCAGUAUCUCGGGGAGAAAGUAGACAUGAUCAACGCAGCCUCGUUCUUCCACCUCUUCGACUGGGACACCCAGGUGAAGCUGGCCAAGCAGGUCAUUAAGCUGCUGAAGCCCAAGCCCGGGUCUAUUAGGGUUGGUAUAUAG